UGUCCUAUCAGACAAGACCAUGGAGUCCGAAGCAUUUCAUAAAUUUGCUCAAGUUGCCUCAACUACAGGAGCAGAUGUAUUGCGGUUUAGCGACUGUAAUCUGACAAGAGAAAAAUUGAAUGCAUUUGCAAAAGGAGCCACUGAUUUCGGAUUGAAAAUCAGUCACUAUGUCAUAUCAGACAAGACCAUGGAGUCGGAAACAUUUCAUAAAUUUUCUCAAGUUGCUGCAACUACAGAAGCAGAUGUAGUGCAAUUGGAUACCUGUGAUCUGACGAGUGAAAAACUGAAUGCAUUUGCACAGGGAGCCACUGAUUUCGGUUUGAAAAUCAAACGAUUUGAACUGAUCGACAAGCCAUGGAGUCCGAAGAGUUUCAUAAAUUUGCUCAAGUUGCUUCAACUACAGAAGCAGAUGUAGUGUCGUUUGAAGACUGUAAUCUGACAAGUGAAAAACUGAAUGCAUUUGCACAAGGAGCCACUGAUUUCGGCUUGAAAAUCAAUCGUUUAAUCCUAAUGGACAAGACCAUGGAGUCCGAAGCAUUCCACGAAUUCGCUCAAGUUGCCUCAACCACAGAAGCAUCGACCAUGGUGAUUAACAAUUCUAGCUUGUCCAAUGACAAACUGAAUUCAUUUGAGGAGGGAGCCACUGAAUUUCGAGUAAAAAUUAAUCACUUUGUCCUAUUAGACAAGACCAUGGAGUCCGAAGCAUUUCAUAAAUUUGCUCAAGUUGCCUCAACUACAGGAGCAGAUGUAGUGGAAUUUAAUAACUGUGAUUUGACAAGUGAAAAACUGAAUGAAUUUGCACAAGGUGCCACUGAUUCCGGCUUGAAAAUCAAUCGAUUUGAACUGAUCGACAAGACCAUGGAGUCCGAAGAGUUUCAUAAAUUUGCUCAAGUUGCUUCAACUACAGAAGCAGAUGUAGUGUCGUUUGAAGACUGUAAUCUGACAAGUGAAAAACUGAAUGCAUUUGCACAAGGAGCCACUGAUUUCGGCUUGAAAGAGCCAAAAUAUUUUCGUAGAUUUCGUGUGGAUCCCAGGACAUGUUGGAAUUGCUGGCAACGAAAGAGCAGACAAACUAGCAAAAGAAGCAACAAUGGACGGAAGUAUUUUAACGUCUGUCAUCAAUUUCUCGAAAAACGAAGCAAAGUCAAUUAUUAAUGCGAAGUGCGAAAUGGAAUGGAAUAACUAUUAUAUCACACUAGAAAAAGCUCAACAUUUCAAAUUAUUCUUCCCAUCGAUUAAAGUACAUAAUUCCUGCAAAUUAUCUAGAAAAUAUGAAAUACUAUUGUUCAGACUACAAACAGGCCACUGUCGUCUGAACUUUCAUCUUCAUAAAAUUGGACUCCACGAAAGUGGAUUUUGCGACACCUGCACGGAAAACGAAACCGUCGAACAUUUAAUAUUAAAUUGUCCCCGUUAUAACUUCCCAAGAUCAAUUUUACUUAAUCAUUGCAAAGAACUGAAUAUAGGCCCCGUGAAUAUUAUCAAUUUGCUAACAAAUCCCAGAAUUAUAUCAUUUGUUAUAGAAUACGUCCUCGUAACGGGUCGAAGCAUUUGAGCACCAAACGCUUAAUAUCACAGUCCUGGUGCACAAAACUAAGC